GGAACUGAGAGAUCCUUGACAACAAUCGCCGGUUGUGUGUUGUUUGUGUGCUGCUGACGCUUUUGUUUACUUGUGAUGCUCUUCCUACCCUUAAUUUGAUCCAAGACCAUUCUGUUAACAAUAUACGCUCGUUUUUAAUAACCGCACAACCGCAGUUCUUUCUAAACCGUAACGUUAAAAGCAACACAUCAUCAGUCAAGUUUUGCUUUAGGUUGUGACAUGCAUCUGUAAAAGGAUCGUCAAGCUUAAAAAACAUCCAGUGUGUCCCCAUGGAACCCAGUAAUGAUGUGGCUCUUGAUAUCAUCAUUACCAACGUUGUAUCUGUCUUCAGAACCAGAUGUCAUCUAAACCUGCGCACCAUCGGUCUGGAGGGCACUAAUGUCAUCUACAAACCUGAAAUGGGAAAAGUCUUGAUGAAGCUACGGAAACCGCGUAUUACUGCCUCUAUUUGGUCAUCAGGGAAAAUAAUUUGCACUGGAGCAACAAGUGAGGAGGAGGCCAAACUGGGUGCUCGACGGUUGGCCCGCUGUCUGCAGAAGAUUGGAUUCAAGGUGAGGUUCUCGGAGUUUAAGGUUGUAAAUGUGCUGGCGGUGUGCUCCCUGCCUUUUCAGAUACGUCUUAUUGAGUUCACCAAGAAUAACAGGCCCAUUGCCAGUUAUGAACCUGAAAUCCAUCCAGCUGCUACAUACAGAAUCAAAACCCUCAGGAGUACGGUGCAGGUGUUUUCCACAGGCAGUAUCACUGUUACAGGACCAAAUGUGCAGACUGUUGCAUCUGCAGUGGAGCAGAUUUAUCCUCUGUUGUUUGAGUGUCAGAAAACAGUGACAUAGGACACAAACACACUCAUAGGCAGCAGUUUAAAUUGAAGCACCUUAUCAUUGAAUGUUUUAAGGCUUGUAACUGUUGUACUGUAUGUCUCCAAGGCAGCUUUUGCCAUUUCACGUCCAAGCGGGUCUAGGUCGUGUGUUUUCAGAGUCAUGCCUUUGAACGUUGACCUCGGUGUCCGGACCCCAAUAACGACGACUUCUUAAAGCUCACAAGAGGACCAUUAGUGCAUUGACAUUGUGUUGCAGACAUCGUGUAGUUUAUACACUUGAACUAACUGUAUUACGAUGCAUGGACACCAAAGUAAAGACUGGCAAACGUCACAGUUAACGAUCGCAUUACACUGAAACGUCUUGAAAAUUUUAGCUCAUUUGAUUUUAGUGACGUCUUAAUGGCUCGUUUAAUGAUACCAGAUAUCUGGAUUUAACAUUUUACAGUUAAACGGCUGAUGAUGUAUAUCUGGUGUAUGCUGUUGGACAAAAAGGA